AUGACAACAUUCCGUUGGGAGGCAAAUAUCUGUAUUGCAGCCGAACAAAGAAAAUGUGAAAGGGCUGAAAUACCCCGAAUCGCUGGAUGGAUCGUCCAGAUCCCACACGAGAUUGUCAUCCUGAAAAGCUUCAGGAAUGGCAACCUCAAGUGGGUCGUCAAGAGGAGCAAGGCCGACGUGGAGCUCAUCAAGCUCGACCUCAGAAUCGCUCUCGGACGAAGAUGCCUCCCCCGCGCGCUCCCUCUCAUCUUCGUCGGCAGACUCGAUGUCGACAACGUCGUCUAA